UAUGGUCGCUGUUUUUGUUUACCUGUGCGCCAGCAAAGUGUCGGUCGUCUUUAUUACCGUUCUGACCGUCCACACAGUUAAAUUCUAUUUAAAAAUAAUGUGUGCCGCGCUAUCAGGCUUUCGGCGCUUUCUUCACUGGGGCCCCAUCACCGCACUAAGCAUCAUUAAGUGCAUCACGCUGACGACACUCUACAUGAACUCGAUGUGGUGGCCACCAAAUGAAUCGUUUGCCGCCUUCGCCCAUCAGGCUUUGUUCCUGCUACUCUCCACUUUGGCCACAUACAAUUACAUCAUGGCCACGGUGACAGGUCCCGGCUUGCUACCCAAACAAUGGCAGCCCAAGGACCCCAAGGACACGGAGUUCCUGCAGUUCUGCAAAGAGUGUGAGGGCUAUAAAGCUCCUCGAUCCCAUCACUGCCGCAAAUGCAAUCGCUGUGUGAAGAAGAUGGAUCAUCAUUGCCCCUGGAUCAAUCAUUGCGUUGGCUGGGCCAAUCACGCCUACUUCACAUAUUUUCUGCUCUUCUCCAUUCUGGGCAGUAUUCAGGGAUCAGUGGUGCUUAGUUGUUCCUUCUAUCGCGGCAUUUACCGCUACUAUUAUUUGACCCAUGGCCUGGCGCACUUGGCCAGCGUUCAGUUCACGGUGGGCAGUAUUAUAAUGUGCAUACUGGGCAUGGGUCUGGCCAUUGGUGUCGUGAUUGGCCUCAGCAUGCUGCUGUACAUUCAACUCAAGACGAUUGUCAGCAAUCAAACGGGCAUCGAAAUUUGGAUUGUGGAGAAGGCGCUCUAUCGUCGCUACAGAUCGCAAACGGAGGAGCCGUAUGUGUAUCCCUAUGAUCUGGGCUGGCGAAGCAAUCUGCGUCAGGUGUUCAAUGACGAGUGUCAAACUCGCGGCGACGGCAUCGAAUGGCCCGUCGUAGAAGGUUGCAAUCAGUACUCACUAACAUGCGAACAGCUGGCCCAGAAGGAGGAGAAGAGAGCGCGCACACGCACCUACAAGUGCAUAGCGAAUGUCUCUGGUCGCUGGCUGCCCAUAUUCUCACAAGGCUGGCGCGUGUGCGUCAGUGCUCCUUGCACCGAUGAGCCACGCAUUCGCCUGCAACCGGGCGACAUCAUCAGGGUGACGCGUUUCCGUCGUCACUGGCUGUUUGGAGAGCGGGAAGUCAGCGAUACGCUGCAGAAGCGGAAGUCGCCAAGAAGAGGUCCUAUUCGUGGUUGGUUUCCUCGGCGCUGUGUUGUGGGACUCAGCGAAGUGCCUGAUUCGGCGGACAGCAGCGAAGAUAGUCCAAAAGGCAAAGCUGCUCCAGCUGCUUUUGCGGCAAUAGCUGGCAAUAGUAAUGGCAAUGGGCACAGCCAUCUGAAGCAGCAGCAACGCAAUGGACACAGUAAGAAGUAUAUGUAAGCAAGCCAUGGCAAAUUCCAAAUGCGUUCAAACUGCAGAUCGGCUUGUGAAUAGUGUUAGAAAAAAGUCUCUUGAGUGGCGCGACUAUAACGCCAUCUCAACAUCUCGUUUACAUUGUUAGCUGAAAGCCAGUCAAUAAAAGUUGAUAAACUCGAAGAACAAA